AUGAAAGGAAAAAAAACUCGGUCGGCACAUGAAACGCAGCGCAGAGACGGCGGUGCACUCGCCGAAACAAAGGCGCCUCGUAAAAGCGAUCUAUUCGGGGAAGAGAGAUUUUGCACAAGUUGCGGACGCGCCGCGAAUUGCGGGCGAGUGCAGAGUUUAGGUUUAAUGACCACCGUAAACGGCAACGGUUAUCGCGGUAGGCACGGCUUCGGAGCGGCACGCAGCGCGCACGCGUGUCUCGCUUACAAACGAUUGGCGGGCGCCGCCACGCCUCGCCCGCUACACUCAUGUAGAUCAAUUAUUUAUGUCGUCCGUAUAACGCCGACGGCGGGGAUUUUUAUGACGAAACUAGGCGUCGCCGGCGGCUUCGCUCGGAUCGUCGCGCGGCUAAAACGGAGGACC